AUCCAAAACUCAACAUGCCCGGCAAAGUUAAGGCCUACGAGCUUCAGUCGAAGACUAAGAACGACCUCAAGAAACAGCUCGAUGAGCUGAAAAAUGAGCUUCUGACCCUCCGGGUCCAGAAGGUUGCUGGUGGAUCGGCGUCAAAACUCACCAAAAUCAACAUCGUGCGCAAGUCGAUCGCUCGUGUCCUCACCGUCAUGAACCAGAAGACGCGGCAAAACCUGCGUCAGCUGUACAAGAACAAGAAGUACCUUCCUCUUGACCUCCGGCCGAAGAAGACGCGGGCUAUCCGGCGGCGAUUGACCAAGAACGAAGCUGCCUCGAAGACGGAGAAGCAGCGCAAGAAGGACAUCCAUUUCCCUCUACGGAAGUACGCUGUUCGGGCAUAAGCGUGGGUGGAUCUGGGACGGUGGGAUGAGGAGGUUAUGGCGGUUGUUCUGACCUUGCUUUGAGUAUUGUAUGCCCUACGCCAUCACACAUGCCGAUAUGAUAUGCCUUGGGUGUUCAAGAGCGCUCGGAGUCUGAGGCAAACUCACUCUACAUGGCAAAGACGUGGCACUGAUUUGGGUGAUUUAGGUGGAGUUGAUGAGCUGUACACCACACGAAGCUUGCGCGAUUGGGCGUCAUGCAC